AUGAAAAAUCUCAUGCUGACCACCUUGUCGGAAUGUAAUAGUAAUAGUAAUACUUGUCCUACUGUGACCGUGACCAUAAUUCACAGGGACUACUCGAAUUCCCUCUCCUCCGCACAAACACCACCACCCAGCCCCACUAUCUCAAACACCAACGGUACUUAUCUCAUCAAAUACUCAAUCGGCUCAUUGUCUACCUCAGGCAACCCCGACACUGCAAGUGACCUCAUCUGGGCCCCAUGCAGCAGCCGAGAUAGCUUCUCGAUGCUCGUCCCGUGCACCGAUACCAUCUGCGACGACCUCACCAACUGCAAAACAGUACGAAACAAAUGCCAAUUCAGAAUGCAAUAUGGCAGCAGUUCUGUCGCGGGUGACCUCUUUGCGGACACCAUCAAGUUCGACGACGGCACCUCAGCGAGUAACAUCAAGUUCGGAUGCGAUUACUCGGGCUACAAGUUUGGCAAUGUUGGGCUCGGGCGCGGAGAGCUGUCGCUCGUGAAUCAGCUGGGGCCGGGGAGUUUCUCCUACUGCCUGGUGUUGGUGACCAACACCAAAACCAAGAGCAGCAAGAUGAGUUUCGGCAGCCACGUCACUGGGGAUGGGGUUGUGUCGGACAUGCUUGUGGAUACGGGGAAGACCUUGACAGUGCUUCCGCCAUAUCUGUACGACAAGUUAAAUACUUCCGUGACUAAGUGGGCAACGCAAGAGGCGAAGCUGACGCCAGUGCCGCCCCCACCUAAUUCCAACCUAGAUUCGUGCUUCAGCCCUCCUAACAAGGACUUGAGCGCUAUUUUUCCAGGUGUCGCAUUUUACAUGGGCGGCGGGAAAGCCGUGACUUUGGGGUACAACAAUGUUCUGUUAAAGACAGGUCCAACUCCUGCUGACCUGUCUUUGUGCCUGAUGGUUAAGCCGUCAACCGAUGGAAGAAUUGUUUACGGCAACCUGGCACAGGCCGACUUUUUGGUGGGGAUCGACCUCGUUCAAAACGCUGUUUCCUUUAAGAAGACCACAUGUGGUUAG